GCAACCCCAUUCCAGCUGCCCUUGAAGAAAUGCGCGGUGGUGGGAAAUGGUGGGAUUCUGAAGAAGAGUGGCUGUGGCCGUCACAUAGAUGAAGCAGAUUUUGUCAUGCGAUGCAAUCUUCCUCCGUUAUCAAGUGAAUACACUAAAGACGUUGGAUCCAAAAGUCAUUUAGUGACAGCUAACCCCAGCAUAAUUCGGCAAAGGUUUCAGAACUUGCUGUGGUCCAGAAAGACGUUUGUGGACAACAUGAAAAUCUAUAACCACAGUUAUAUCUACAUGCCUGCCUUUUCUAUGAAGACGGGAACAGAGCCAUCCCUCCGGGUGUAUUAUACACUGUCAGAUGUCGGUGCCAAUCAAACGGUGCUCUUUGCAAACCCCAACUUUCUGCGUAGCAUUGGAAAGUUCUGGAAAAGUAGGGGAAUCCAUGCCAAGCGCCUGUCCACAGGACUCUUUCUGGUGAGCGCAGCCCUGGGCCUCUGUGAAGACGUGGCCAUCUAUGGCUUCUGGCCCUUCUCUGUGAAUAUGCAUGAGCAGCCGAUCAGCCACCACUACUACGACAACGUCUUGCCCUUUUCUGGCUUCCAUGCUAUGCCAGAGGAAUUUCUCCAACUCUGGUAUCUUCAUAAAAUUGGUGCACUGAGAAUGCAGCUAGACCCGUGUGAGGAUCCCCCACUCCAGCCCACUUCCUAGGGGCAAAUGCAAACAGAAAGAACUGAGCCAGGGUAUUUUUGUUAGGUUUUCUACGUGACUCCAAAAGGAAAUGGUCAAGUCAUUUCAUGGAUUUGCAUGGGCCACUUGGAGAAAACAGAACAAAACAGAGGAAAUUCUACUUUUAAUGUUGGCUUGGAGAACAAAUAAGAAAUGAAACGUCCUAUGAAAUAUUUUUAGCACACUGUGGAUUUGCAACUAGGAACAUGCUGAUGAAAAGAUGUUGGUAAAGCACAUUUACAUGGUUCAAAUCUAGAAGGUGCAGUUCAAAAAUAAGAUGGAACUCAAAUCACUGAAGCUGAGGAACUAAUCAAAGUACGAUAAGGACAUGAUGCCAGGUCAAGUGUCAGUGACUAUCAACACAAACUGGCUUCAUUAGAAAACCUAUCUUACUAAGACUGACAUUAGAACCAUAGGUUUUAAAAAAAAUUAUUAUUUAUUUUUGCCCUAUUUAGGGGCAGUGAGUGGGUGAUGAGGUAGAUAAAAAAAAUCCCUGACUGAGUAAUAAGGAUACAAAACGCUCCAGCUGAUUAUUGUGAUUUGUUGAACCAAGUCUAUGUUAACUAUAGUCCCCCUCAUUUUUUAAAUGUCAAAUAAGAAUGGUUUCCUCCCCUUUUGUCAAGUCUACGUAGACAGUGUGAAGCAUUGUUGAAUUUAGACUGUGUUGAUUCAUAGUCCAGCUAACACGAGCCGCUCUCCCUCCUCCCGAGAAUGUAGGGCAUAAACCUAUUUUUAGGUCUGCAUCAUGAAAGCUUGUGUUUGCAUUAUUAUUAUAUUUGAGUGCAAAAAGACUGCAAAUGUGAGUGCAUUAUUUAUUUGCAAAUUGGCAUAAUGGUCAUCAUAACAAUGUUCAGAGAUGAAGUAAAGCACAAUGUCUAAAUGAAAUUGAAUAUGGAGGUUAUUAAAGAAAUCAGCAGUUAAAAUGUGACUGGUUGACGUAAUAGAUUAUAUCGGUGCUUUGAAAGUUAAGAAAUCGAGAGUGUCGAUUCUGUGCAGAACUGAUUCGCUAUUUUGAUCCCAUCUAGCAGCAAAAAUGUAAUGAGAAUGUACUAUGAGUGAGUUACGUUAAAUAUUCACAGUAUGUACUACCCUAAAUAUAUUUCCUCUUUUGAGCUA